ACUGAAGACAUGUCUGCGCACAUCAGCGUCAAACAACACCCCUUCUUUAAACUCGUUUAUAUGUAAUUGAUAUCGUCUUCGAAGAAAAACGGCUAGAAUUUCAGUGUUUUUGGGGUAGUGAAAUGAAAGUUACGAAGGAGUCCGCCGUUAAGGAUGGACUCUAAAAAUGCCCCCUGACAUCAGAUAAAUCUCACAGCACAGAAACAGCUAGUCUAAGAGGAUGCUGCCCUUUUCAGGAAGAAAUGGAACAUAAAGUUGUGGAGGAUGGGUGGUGCUGGUGUUCACAGAAACGUUAGAAAGCUCGAUAAACUAGUUGGUGAGGAAGGGUAGUCAGAAGAGGAACUUUUUGCUACAGAAUUGGCUUAUAGAGUUGUAAAAACAUUUGCCUUUGGAGUUGAGUUGGGGGAAAUCCUUUUCUAAGUUAAUACAGCAGAGAAAAAUAAUUGGCUAAUGGAGUGCAGUGAGAGAGUGCUGUGUGGGACAGGGGAGGUGGAGCUGGACCCCAACAUUGUGAGUGAAGAGGCAGGAAAACUGUAUUCAGAAUUACAGACAAUUAUUGAGACCCAUGGUGAAGGUGUGGUGGAGUCACUGGUGCCUAUAUUUGUGUGGGUCCUGGAGGGGCUGGCCAGCUGCAAAGCCCAGCUGAGAGACAGGGAGGAGGAGGCAGAGAGGGAGAAAGCUGAGCGAGAAGAGCUGCUGGAGAGAUACCAAGCAGAGAGAGCACUCAGGAAAGAAAGUCAAGAGAGGUAUCUGGAGCUUGAUGACCAAAUUGAACAAGAGAGGAGAGCCAUGAGGGGGAGGGAGAAAGAGAGAGAACAGCGAGAGAGAGAUCUUGAGAACAAGGCAAGAAACCAAGCCGAUCAGUUGGUGUCCUUGGAGGAGCAGAAGGUGAAUCUGGGUAGAGAACUAACCACACUGAGGCAUACUCACAACAAGUUGGCUCUCACAUAUCGGGAACUUCUGGAAAAGAGAAAGGAUUCUGAAAGAAAUUCUCCUCUAAGGAAUCACAUGCGUCCAAUGAACACUGAAUUUCCAUCCAACCAAGUCUUUUCAGAAUCUGGUGUUAGUGAAAAGGUGAUUCAAAGACCACAUUCAAAAUCUGUUCCCCCCCGUUUGGAAGAUCUAGAAGCCAAGGAAGAAAAGGCAAUUGACACUGCAGUAAACCCCACUGCAGAUCAGUUUAUCAAUGACAUCAUAAGCUCUACUCCUGAGCUGAGGCAAUUUCAUGGCUGCGUGGAUGCAAGCACCCCAGUUAGACCUAACAGCAAAAAGCCACCGAAAGAUGAGUCGGAGACCGUCUUGGCGGAGGAGAUGGGGGAGAUGGAGAAGGAGGAAGAGAGGGAGCGCAAAGUAGAAGAGGAGCAGAGGGGAGAGAGCCAGGAAAAAGAUGAGGAGGCGGUGGAGGUGGAGGAAGAUGAUAAUAUGGAGUGGGAGCUGCGUAACACUGACUCUGUGUUCUCUGAACUGUCAGAGCUGAGUCGGGAUUAUGUGGAGAGUGUAGACCGAGGGGCUAGUGUCAGAGGCAGUGCAGACCAGUUUGAGGAGAUUCUUUCUCAGUAUGAGGAACUGAAAGCAACCCAUGAGUUAGUAGAAGCUGCCCGUAAGGCUGUGAUAUCUCGGGUAGUAGAGCUGACAGAUGACCGCUCAGCUCUUAAACUGGAAGUGUCCUCUCUUCAGGAAACAGUCUCACGAUUAGAGGGGCGGAUGAAGGAGAAGGAAGAGGAAAAUAAGAGACUUCGAAAAGAACUGGAAGCAUGCCAAUCUGAAGAUCCUGAUGCCUCUCUACCCUCAUCCGUGCGUCACUUCUCUCGUUCUGAAAUGGCUCGUGUGGUCAUGGAGAAGAACCAAUAUAAACAGCGUCUGUUUGAGCUGCAGGAAGCAGUAAGACGUAGUCAGACACUCAGAGCAACAAAGAGGGAGAGGUUAACAGAGGAGAAGAGGUUAAGUGUUUGGAGAAAGUUCAACCGCUUGUUUGGCCUGUCCAAGGAGCCCUUAAUCCCACCUUCUGCUUCUGCAUUUGCCAUGCCAACUUCUCCAUCGCUCACUCACUCGCCUCUGGGGUCUCCACCACUACCGGCUGUCAGUCAAACUCUCGCUGAAUCCGCUUCUCCUGCUGCUCCGUCCCCUCGUGUCAGGAGGAGAGAACUCUACAGAGACAUUCGCACACACAUUUGGGGAUCACUUGGGAAGCGGCAGAUACACGGGUGGAGCACACCACUGGCGAACACACAGGAAUCCCAUGAAUCUGUGCCAGAGCCUAAGGAUGUUCCUGUUCUAGUGCAGCUCAGACUGUUGGAUCAGAGAGACUCCACAGCAAAGCUGAACUGUGCAGUCGCAGUCACACCUGAGCUUUCAGGAGAGGCCACAUGUUCUGUGUGGGUAGUUUCUGGUCCUGCCUCCUGCAGUGAUAUUACAGUGAUUGAUCCUGCACGGUCCAACACAGUACUGGAUCAAUUCAGCCUCCCACCCACAGCUCCUGCUCUCUGCAUCUGCGCUGUGCCUCCAAUAGGUGACACUGCAGGAACUGUGUGGAUUGGAACUCAGGAAGGAAGUUUACUGGUACACUCAGCCUCUGCUGGUAGGAGGCGCUGUCUGCAGUCUGUGUCCCUCUCAGAGGGUGUUCAUUCGCUCAAGUAUUCCCAGGGUCAAGUCAUAGCUGGUUUAGCUGACGGGACUUUAGCUUUUUUCUCACACAGUUCGGGUGGCUGGAAUCUACAGUCACCUUCUGUGAUGCCUCUCGGAUCAAACCCUUUGCAGCCCAUUCGCUGCUGCCUUGUAAAAGGUAGCCGCUUGUGGGUGGGAUAUUGGAACAGAGUCCAUGUGGUUAACACUGACAGCAAAAAGGUUGAGCAAACAUUCUUGGUGUCUGAACGCAGCGAGCAGCAGGUUCGUUUCCUUUGUGCGGGUGGAAGUGGUGUUUGGACAUCGUGCCGACUUGACCCAAUCCUCAGGCUCUUUGACUGGUCCACUGGACGGCCGCUACAGGAAGUCGAUUUUACUGCUUUGGUCACGAAAACAUUAGGCCAAGCUUUCCUGAUACUCUCACCUCUCCAGAUCUCGUCUCUCGCAGUCAUCUCUGGCCGCCUGUGGGUGGGCACAGGGGGUGGUGCCAUUUUCUCCAUCCCAUUAUCUAUAACAUCAGAGGACGUUUCUAUCCCAUAUUGCUCCAUUGCAUCAGCCCAGCUGUGUUACCAUGGACAUAGACAAGCUGUGCGGUUCAUUGUUGCUGCACCUGGUUGUUUGAUCACCUCUCCUGGCAGCAGCACUGUCACUACCUCUCAGCUUAUUCUCAGUGGAGGAGAGGGCUACAUCAACUUCCGAAUUGGAGAUGACGCCAGUGAUGGAUCAGUUGAAUUGUCCCAAGUUACACCUCAGCGGUCUGAACGCAGUCACAUGAUCAUCUGGCAGAAUCCCACCCCCUCUGUGCCCAGCCCAGCCCUCUGACAUUGCCCACCUCCCUGUCCUGCCCUUUCAGCAUGAGAUACAGAUGGAGCAGACAUAUACUGUAUACCACCUAGACACAACAUUGGUGCUUUCAAGGAACUUAAUGAGUCAACGACUCAAUGUGGAAGCAAUAAAAAUGAUCCUCUAAAAUCA